GGGGCAGAUAGAGGAGAGAGACGGGUAUGGAUCCGUAGUUCUUGCGGCUGUCCGUCUCGUUUCCCGGGACUCUCGUUUUCAAUACAGCGAGGCUUCGGGUCUUGCAUUGUAUAUUUGAAUGAGAGCAGGAGCGCACAGCGGCGGGAAACAAAUGCGCAAAGGAGCAAGCUGGCUGCGCGGCGGGGGAUGCUGGGCACAAUAGCGAAGACCACACUGUUCUGCUUUAGGAGGAUAGUGUUGCAAUAACAUUUCCCCCCAGACAGACAAGCCACGCUGCGGGAAAGAGGAAUUUGAAGCCGGACUUUACUUUACAGGCAAAUAUGAGGAUGGGCUUUGAACUGGACGUCUAGGCGACUUGAUGGGGCUCUUCUAGGAUUUUUAGAAAGCGCAUAUAGUCAAAUGACAGUCUCAAAAACGCACCGGCACAGCAAAGGAAAAUCAGCUUGGAUUUUGGGCACCACAGCUAUUUAGAUCUGAUAUUGAUUAUUAUUAUUAUUAUUAUAGUCAUUAAUAUUAUUAUUAUUAUGUGCUCUGGAAAUCACCAGCUGUGGGUGAAAUCACGCCAGGAACAUAUUUGACUUUGUCAUAUUUGAAUUCAUUUUCUUGUAUUUGGUUUCUGAAGAAUGUACGUACUUGAUGGUAAUUACCCGGAAAGGAUGGAGCGGGGCACGCCACAAAGAAAAACCGUAUACAGGAUAUCUUUGACACUAGUGAAAAAAGAAACUCUGCAGGAUGGCGGAGGCUCAGCGCACCGGCGGCUGGAGAACCCUAAAGUGAGCGCGUACCGACGGGAAGGAGCCGCUGACGCUCAGCGCAGCUCCCCGCUGGAAGAACUGAAAGAAGUGGAGGACGAGACGGACGAGUUUUCUGCACACUCAUACAUGAGGAACUUCAGGACAUUCAGUACUGGACAUCUAGAGUUGGGCAGGUUGAAAAUCUCAAGGCGGGUACAGCAUUUACACAAAGACAAGGAAUUAAAUGAAACGUGCAUCCUCCCAGGGAAUGGACAGAGCAAGGUCACUGGAAAUGGGGCACUAGUGCACAAAAAGGUUGAAGAUAAUGCUGAAAAUUACAGAUUGAAUUGUGAUGCUGAGCAUGGAGAAAUCUGCAGCACAGAUGCUUCUAAUGGAGAAAACACAGGCAUUCGAAAGAAAAUCCUGAAGACUUCUCGGAGCACAGAGGAACCGGUCAGUACAUGGUCAGAUGAGACCUCUGAGGGUGGCAGGAUGGCCAAAGAGAGCUGUAUCUCUUCUUUGCUGGCAAAAGGGAAUGGUAAGUCGCCCAAACCAGCACCUGAAACCCCUCCGGCAAAGAGGCACCCAAGCCUGCUGCGGCGAAGUUUCAGCUUUCGCCACUGGACGGGUGGAGAGUUGAUCCGCAUACGGGCUCUUUCCAAGGAGAAGCACCACAGCAGCUCGGGUUGCAUUGGUCGCGAUGGAGAAAACAGUCAAGCCCAAGCUGGCGUGAUUCUGCAAAACAUGGCAUUUGCCGAGUCUGACUCCACUGAAAAGCGAAACACCUUGGAUGUGGGUGAGGUCCUAAACAAAACAGACUCUGUGACUGAACUAGGCCGCAGGGAGAGGAUGAAGGGCAAGAAUCGAACGUUGGACAACAGUGACCUGCUCAAGCUGUCGGAUAAAUCUUUGAUGGACAAGGAGGGUUUCAUUAGAGGGACAGGCUCCCGUUCCAGCGGGCAGGAACGUAAACUCAUUCGAUUUUUCAGUGGUAUCUUUUCAAAGCGAGAUGGGACAUCCACGCCGCUUGGCAGUCCAAGCAACCGGGCUCUCCGGAAGAACGGCCUACUGGGAAGUCAGCGGCGAUCAGAAAUUAGCUACUCUCAGUCCAGCACCGAAAGUGUUAACGGAUGCCAACCGGACGAUGCCUUUGUCAACAGUCAGGAGUGGACACUCAGUCGCGCCGUACCAGAGCUCAAAGUGGGCAUUGUGGGAAACUUGGCCAGUGGGAAGUCUGCCCUGGUGCACAGGUAUCUGACAGGGACCUACGUGCAAGAAGAGAGCCCUGAAGCUGACGUGGAUGCAGGAGGACGUUUUAAAAAGGAGAUUGUAGUGGAUGGACAAAGUUACCUCCUCCUAAUCAGGGAUGAAGGGGGACCUCCGGAGGCUCAGUUUGCGUUGUGGGUAGAUGCGGUGAUUUUUGUAUUCAGUCUGGAAGAUGAGAUCAGCUUUCAGACGGUCUACCACUACUAUAGUCGCAUGGCCAACUACCGCAACACAGCAGAGGUGCCCCUGGUGCUUGUGGGAACUCAGGAUGCUAUCAGUGCAGCUAAUCCCCGUGUCAUCGAUGACACCCGCGCUCGCAAACUGUCCAACGACCUGAAGAGGUGCACAUAUUAUGAGACCUGUGCUACCUACGGCCUCAACGUGGAGCGUGUCUUUCAAGAUGUGGCUCAGAAAAUAGUUGCGACCCGGAAGAAACAGCAACUGUCAAUCGGACCCUGUAAGUCACUGCCCAAUUCUCCAAGCCACUCCUCCGUCUCCGCAGCGCCUGUGUCUGCAGUGCAUAUCAGCCAGACCAGUAAUGGUGGAGGCAGUUUGAGCGAUUACUCUUCUUCAGUGCCAUCCACUCCCAGUACCAGUCAGAAGGAACUACGUAUCGAUGUACCCCAAACCGCCAACACCCCUACGCCCGUCCGCAAACAGUCCAAACGGCGCUCCAACCUCUUUACGUCUCGGAAGGGAAGCGAACCAGACAGGGAGAAGAAAGGGAUGGAUGGCCGCGCAGACAGCAUUGGAAGUGGCCGCGCUAUCCCAAUUAAACAGGGCAUGUUGCUGAAAAGAAGCGGCAAGUCACUGAACAAAGAGUGGAAGAAGAAAUACGUCACGCUUUGUGACAAUGGACUCCUCACGUAUCAUCCUAGUCUGCAUGAUUAUAUGCAGAAUGUUCAUGGGAAAGAGAUCGACCUGCUGCGGACUACAGUGAAGGUUCCAGGGAAGAGGCCCCCUAGGGCCAUCUCCACAUGUGCGGCCCCCAGUCCCAAAACCAAUGGGCUGACCAAGGACAUGAGCAACCUGCAGCUUGGACAGACACCAGGAUCUGUGACCAGUAGUUCUUCAGCGUCUCAGAUGGCGAGUGGCAUCAGUCUGGUGUCGUUUAACAGUCGGCCGGAUGGGAUGCAUCAGCGCUCGUAUUCUGUGUCCAGCGCUGACCAAUGGAGUGAUGCCACAGUUAUCGCCAACUCAGGAAUCAGCACGGAUACCGGUCUGGGAGAUUCUGUGUGCUCCAGUCCAAGCAUAUCCAGUACCACCAGUCCUAAGAUAGAUCCACCUCCAUCGCCUCACGCCAACCGCAAAAAACACAGGAGGAAGAAGAGCACCAGCAACUUCAAGGUGGAUGGCUUCUCUGGAAAUGCAGAAGAACAAGAGGACAACUUUGAGUUCAUCAUCGUUUCUCUGACGGGACAGACCUGGAAUUUUGAGGCAACGUCCUAUGAGGAGCGGGACGCAUGGGUUCAGGCUAUUGAGAGCCAGAUUCUGGCGAGUCUGCAGUCCUGUGAAAGCAGCAAACAGAAGUCUCGUCUGAGCAGCCAAUCAGAAGCCAUCGCUCUGCAGUCAGUCAGGAACAUGAGAGGAAACACGCGCUGUGUGGACUGUGAAGCCCAGAACCCUGAUUGGGCCAGUCUGAACCUGGGGGCUUUGAUUUGUAUAGAAUGUUCAGGCAUUCAUCGCAACCUGGGUACUCACCUGUCUCGUGUCCGCUCUUUGGACCUGGACGAAUGGCCUCUAGAGCUCAUCAAGGUCAUGUCGGCCAUCGGCAAUGAGUUGGCUAAUAGUGUGUGGGAAGCCAAUGCUCAAGGACGCCUAAAGCCUGCCCCUGAUGCCACCAGAGAGGAACGUGAGCGCUGGAUCAGAGCCAAAUAUGAGCAGAAGUUGUUUUUGGCAUCGCUGACGUGCACAGAGCUGACUUUGGGACAGCAGUUACUGCGGGCCACGGCGGAGGAAGACUUGCGCUUCGUGGUCAUACUGCUGGCCCAUGGCUCCAGAGAUGAAGUCAAUGAAACCUGUGGGGAAGGUGAUGGCCGGACAGCCCUGCACCUGGCCUGCCGCAAGGGAAAUGUUGUGAUCACGCAACUGCUUGUAUGGUACGGUGUUGACAUCAUGGCACGGGAUGCUAACGGCAAUACGGCACUGGCAUACGCACGGCAGGCUAACAGUCAGGAGUGCAUGGAUGUCCUCCUGCAGUACGGCUGUCCUGACGAGCGUUACCCGCUCAUGGCCACCCCAAACCUGUCACGCAGGAACAAUAACCGCAAUAACAGCUGCAGCAGCAUGAACAGUGCAGUUAUAUGAGAAGUACACUCACAUACACAUGAACAUGUAUUCUGGUCAGCACUCCUCCUCCCUCCCUACACACUCACAUUCAUAUGUACAGCUGCACCACUGCAUCAGAAUCAUGAGACUAUACCGGACUCAAGGGAAAGCCCCGACCGACACUGAUGAAGAAGCAUGAGCAGAGCUACUGUGUUUGCCUGACUUUACAAUCCCACUGGUUGAAAAAGUUGUCAUGGGCAAGGGCUUGGCCAGUCAUGUGUCAUCAAUUUUUUUUUUUUUUUUUUUUGGGAGAGUGUCCCACAUCCAGUGUCUCGCUGCAUUGUGGAACAAAAAUUCAAACAAUCCUGGACAACACCGGGUUUUCUGACUGUGCCAGGUGCAUGAUGGGAGAAUAGAGUGUAAUAGGGAAUAACUUAUGUGAUGAGCAGGUGUCACAUCAGUCUAAUAAAUGACAAAGCAAGACAGGAAAUGAUUGGGCAGCAUGGGAUACUUUUAAGCUGGAUCUUCAAAAUGACCCAGAAGAACCAGAGUACUUCACUUGGUCGCCGUGUGUUUCUGAACUUCCAUCUCACCACUCUGACACUGAUUUUUCUGUCUGAUCUCAUUUUUGCAUCCGUUCUAUGCCCAUUAGGACUUUUUU